CAAACCUGCUUUCUGAAAUACCCCCUGGACAUUUAUUUUGUGGUGGUUGUGUGACGUCAUAAAGCUGCGCCGCACUCUUCGUUUGUUAUGAUUUGGCUAAAGACAGGUUUGUGCUUUGGGAAAUUUUAGGUGUUUAGAUGUGAACAGAUGGUUUAAUCAGUGUAUAGCGUUUAAAUUAAUUAAUAAUGAAUACAACACUGAAGCAUUUCUAAAUGUUAUUUUGUGUCUAAACGCACAGAAAAAAAUCUCCAGGUGAAGCAACUGAGAUCCAAGUGACAAAGAUGGCGUUUAUUAAAGAGGAGAGUGAAGACAUGAAGAUUGAAGAAGCAUUCGGAGUGAAACGGGAAGAUACUGAGGAACAAACAGACCUGAUGCCGCUGAAAGAGGAGAGUCAAGAACUGAGUGAAAUUGAUGAGAAAUAUCACUUUGAGAAAAAUCAUGAUUCUGUCAGUGGAGAAAAAUGCACACAGACUGAAAACACUAGCAGUCAUUUCACCUGCUUUCAGUGUGGAAAGAGAUUCAGUCAACCUGGAAACCUUAUAGUCCACAUGAGAAUUCAUAUUGGAGAGAGCCAUUACAUCUGCCAACAGUGUGGAAAGAGUUUCACUGAAAAAGGAAACCUUAAAGUCCACAUGAGACUUCACACUGGAGAGAACCCUUACACCUGCCAGCAGUGUGGAAAGUGUUUCACUCAAAAAGGAACUCUUAAAAGCCACAUGAGAACUCACACUAGAGAGAAGCCUUUUAACUGUGAACUUUGUGGAAAGAGCUUCACUAGAGAACUAAACCUUAGAUAUCACAUGAACAUUCACAAUGGAUUGAAGCCGUUUUCAUGUGAUCAAUGUGAAAAGUCUUUCACACGUAAAGUAGGUCUUAAUAACCACAUGAGAGUUCACUCAAGAAUUAAUUGUUUUACAUGUCAUCACUGUGGAAUGAGUUUCUCAGACAUGAAUCGCUUUAACAGGCAUGUGAUAAUUCACUCUGGAGAGAAGCCUUUCACAUGCCAGCAGUGCGGAAGGGGUUUCAAAUAUAAAAAAAACCUUAAAACACACAUGAGAAUUCACACUGGAGAGAAGCCUUUCACAUGCCAUCACUGUGGAAAGAGAUUCAGUCAUAAAGUAAGCCUUAAGACUCACAUGAGACUUCACACUGGAGAGAAGCCUUACACAUGCCCUCAGUGCAAAAAGAGUUUCACAUACAAAUCAACACUUAAUGCCCACAUGAGAAGUCACACCGGAGAGAGCCCUCACACAUGCAAACUAUGUGGGAAGAGCUUCUCACAAAAAGGCAAUCUUAAGACUCACAUGAGAAUUCACACUGGAGAGAAGCCGUUCAUAUGUAGUCAGUGUGGAAAUGGUUUCAGAUGUAAAGUAACCCUUAAUUACCACAUGAGGAUUCAUUCAAGAGAGAACCUCUUUAUAUGUCAGCAGUGUGGAAUGGCAUUCACAGACAGUAAACAACUUAAGAAUCAUGUAAUAACUCAUAUUGGAGAGAAGCCUUUCAUGUGCCAUCACUGUGGAAAGAGUUUCACAUUUAAAGGAAACCUCAAGACUCACAUGAGACUUCACACUGGAGAGAAGCCUUUCAUAUGCCAUCAAUGUGGAAAGAGUUUCAGACAUAAUGUAAGCCUCCAAACUCACAUGAGACUUCACACUGGAGAGAAGCCUUUCACAUGUCUUGAGUGUAAAAAGAGUUUCACGUAUCAACGAGAUCUGAAACGUCAUUCGCAAACUCAUUCUGGAAAGAAAUUGCAGUGUGAAAGGAGGGUAACAAAAAGGGGUCAUUUCAAAAGUCACCUGCCCAUUCACUCUGGAGGAAGGCGAUUUAACUGUGAUCAGUGUAAUAAAAAAUUUAUUUUGUUUUCUCACUUACAGAUACACCUGAAAAGCCAUGCAGAUAUGAAACCCCAUUUGUGUUCUGUGUGUGGAAAGAGAUUUAAAUGGCUCAGCAAUUUAAGAUGGCACCAGAAAAUACGUAUCUGUGUGAAAUCAAGGCUACGUUCACACCGCAGCUGAAUGUGACCCAAAUGUAGUAUUCUGACCACGCCUGACUGUUUCCUGUAAUUUCAAAUAUUUAUCAGUUGCGGUAGGCAUCCUCUAAUUUCCAUUGUAUUAUAGCGUCUCUAUAUUCGUUACCUCUGAAUCACACCACUGGCCCUUUUUUGUUGUCCUCUUUGUGUGUACAUUGAAGAGAGCAAACAUUUGAGUUGUUUCAUCUUUUUUAAUAAUUAUAUUCAUGUUCCUUUCUGUUCAGUUUUAUUAUAUUACUCAUUAUAUUCCUUACUCUUGCAAUGUUUUGCUGUUGAUAUUUAGUCUUAAGAUUGUGUGGUCUUCAUAAUCUAGAGAUAAGAGGGAGUGGGUUCAUUUCAGUGUUUCAGCUGUCACAGGAUGAUGUUGUAAAGCAGUUUGGAAUAAUAUCACGGACAAAGUCUGACUGAGCAUUGAGAAUGAAACAACUAAGUUUAUUCAAUUAAAUGUGCUCAGUUUUACCAUUA